UCGUGACAUCAAUAGUUGAGGUAGUUUUUUGUACUUUACCCAAUUUUUAAAUUAAGUUCGUAAACCAAACGAUCUGUUACCAAUAAAAAAUAAACACGUUAAUUAACACUUAAGCAGCAAGAGGCUAUUUACCACAGUGGUGGAAAUGUGUUGAGUCCUUACAUAAUGAUGUUGAUUCAAACUCUUUUGGUAGCUAAUUUAACAAAACUAUUGUUGGACCAAAAGAAAAUUAACACUAAAAUAGUAAUCAAAUCAUUAGCGUCCACGCAUUUGAUAUACAAAAUUUGAUCUAUUUGACAUUAGGCCUAAUAAAACUGACGUUUACCAUCCCCUCUUUCAACGUAUUCCUUAGGGUACGUAUACGAAUAUUCCACGUCGGCUAAAUUACUAGGCCAGAAAAUUUAAACAAAAAUAAACACAACAAAUAAAUAACGAAAGUAUAAAUUAUGCAUAAUCGUGAGUGGCCAUUGCUCCGUUGUUCUUGAGGACCCAGAUUUUUUAACCCCAUUCUCAAAAAUACCCAUACUCGUUCCCUCUAAUUAUCCUUUCACCCAUCUAAAUCCACUGGAUAUCCAACUUGCAUGGAGGGGUAUUUGGAUAACUUUGUCCUCUUCCCUUCACGAGAAUGAUGCGACACGUGUCAGCCUGUCGACCGAUCUUCCUUCGAGUACAACGCCCACCCAAUUUUCCCGCUUGUUUAAAUAAUAAAAAAUAAAAAUAAAAAUCAGAAAAAAUCUUGCAUAAAAUGUUUGUAUGAGAAAAAAGCCUCUGGUUAUCCUCUCGAGCGUUGGGAGAGAGUGAAAACGACGGAGAAGCAACGAGGCACACAGAGAGAGCUCCAAAACGGCGUCGCAUCGAUUCGUCCCGCACAGUCACUGCCUCUAAGCUUUCUGGUUGUUCGACUCUCUGGGUUCUGAAAUGGAGUAAGAAUUUUGUUCGAUCCACUGAGAUUAUAGCUUCUUUUUUGUUGGAGAUAAAUUCAAUGGCGAUCGGAGGUUUGAUAUCGAACCGGAAUUUCGGUUCUUUUAUCGGUUCAGGAAAGGUACGUCAAACAAACCACGCCAUUGUGCAUCAGAAGGGAGAGCGUCUGUAUUAUCAGGGGAAAACAGUUUACCCAACUUUAUGUACUCCCAGGGCUAGUGGUUCUAUAUCUGGAUAUUCGUACAGCCCUUAUCAGCGUGCAAUUGAUUCUUCAGAUACAAACGUUCUGAAGGCAACAGGUAGGGUGCGUGAUGAAGGCAAUAACCCUUAUCUAAUGUCUUUGCAAUCUGGUAUAAGGUCUCAGAGCACCAUUACUAAACAAAUACUUAGAGGAAGAUGUAAAAGCUAUCUUUCUUCGAAUCACUCUUUUAGAAGUUGUAUCCAAUCAAGAAAGCUGGAUAAGCUUGAUUACGGGAAAUAUCAUAAGUAUGAACAUGCUAAGGUUAACAGGACCUGUGCUUAUUACAAGUCGGAGGAGAAUGACAUUACAGAAUCAGAGGUGGACUCACUCACAUCAAUAGAGGGGUCAGGUGAAGCUGUUUUGGCAGCCAGAAAUGUUCGUAAAGUACCUUCUUGGUGGGAGAUUCCCAAGCGCUGGGUGAUUGUACUCCUUUGUUUUACAGCAUUCCUAUUGUGCAACAUGGAUCGUGUCAACAUGAGCAUUGCAAUACUUCCCAUGUCACAGGAAUUCAACUGGAAUAGUGCAACAGUUGGCUUGAUUCAGUCCUCCUUUUUCUGGGGUUACCUGCUUACUCAGAUUCUUGGAGGCAUUUUGGCAGAUAAAAUUGGUGGAAAGCGUGUAUUGGGUUUUGGAGUGAUCUGGUGGUCAGUAGCGACAAUUUUGACACCUAUUGCAGCAAAAAUCAGCCUCCCUUUUUUGCUUAUCAUGCGUGCUUUCAUGGGGAUUGGUGAGGGUGUCGCUAUGCCUGCUAUGAAUAAUAUACUCUCUAAGUGGAUUCCAGUGUCUGAGAGAAGCAGAGCACUUUCACUAGUAUAUACUGGCAUGUACCUUGGUUCUGUCACUGGGUUGGCCGUUUCUCCGAUUCUAAUCCAGAAGUUCAAAUGGCCGUCUGUGUUUUACUCAUUUGGCUCUCUUGGUAGUAUCUGGUUGGCAUUAUGGCUGAAUAAAGCAUAUAGCACACCAAAAGAAGAUCCAGAGCUUAGCGCAGAGGAAAAAGAACUUAUCAUGGGUGGAACUGGAAACACAUCUAAGGAGCCUGUUAAGGUCAUUCCUUGGAAGCUAAUAUUAUCAAAAACACCUGUUUGGGCUCUUAUAGUCUGCCACUUUUGCCACAAUUGGGGAACCUUUAUUCUAUUGACAUGGAUGCCUACAUACUACAAUCAGGUUCUGAAAUUCAACCUCACUGAAUCCGGGCUCCUCUGUGUCUUGCCAUGGUUGACGAUGGCUGUUUUUGCAAAUAUAGGAGGCUGGAUUGCAGAUACACUUGUCACCAAAGGUUUUUCUGUAACGACAGUUCGCAAGAUCAUGCAAUCAAUUGGGUUUCUGGGACCAGCCUUUUCCCUUACACUGCUGAGCCGUGUCAAGACACCCGCAAUGGCAGUACUAUGCAUGGCAUGCAGUCAGGGAUCUGAUGCAUUCUCACAAUCCGGUCUCUACUCCAACCACCAAGACAUUGGACCUCGCUAUGCUGGAGUAUUGCUGGGACUCUCAAACACAGCAGGAGUUCUUGCUGGUGUUUUCGGUACAGCUGCAACAGGGUACAUACUCCAACGAGGUUCUUGGGAUGAUGUAUUCAAGGUCUCUGUUGUAUUGUACAUCAUUGGCACAUUAAUCUGGAACUUGUUUUCAACUGGAGAGAAAAUCCUCGACUAGAGAAAUGCAAGAACAGGAGGAACGGAACUAUGACAAGAUGGAAGAAACGCGUCACAAGGGAAAAUCCGGCUAAGCGAACUAGGUUUUUAAAUACCGCCAUCGUUGUUUUUGUAACAACCUCUGAGGCACCUUCUGGGUGGGCUUGAGACCCCCGUGAACCUUAUUCUUUUGCCCAUACAAUGGUAAUAGUAUGUCAUCCACCUGAGUUCUUUCUUA